AUGUCUAUGACACUCGAAGAGGCUGCAGUCCCACGGACACCGCUGCCCCCUCCAGAUACUCCAGAGAAUGUCUUCCAGCAGCUCAGCUUAAAAGGGCGCGUUGUUGCUAUAACGGGUGCAGCUGAUGGGAUAGGAUUCUCUGUCGCUGAGGCAAUGGCAGAAGCCGGUGCACAUGUAGCUUUGUGGUACAACUCCAACAACCAGGCCAUUGAGAAGGGCGAGAAGCUCGCCAAGCAGCACGGUAUACGAGCGAAGGCGUACCAAGUCGAAGUAUCGAAGGCAGAGAACGUACAAAGCGCAAUGGACGAAGUCGUGAAAGACUUUGGAAAAAUUGACGUCUUCGUUGCCAAUGCAGGCAUGGCUAUCUCCAAACCGAUCACAGAACAGACGCUUGACGAAUACCACAAGCAGAUGAGCGUGAACGUCGAUGGCGUCGUAUAUUGCGCCAAAUACGCUGGUGAACUGUUCAAGAAGCAAGGAAAGGGCAACUUGAUCAUCACAUCAAGCAUGUCAGCGCAUAUAGUCAACGUACCAGUCGACCAACCAGUCUACAAUGCAACGAAGGCAUUUGUAACGCAUUUUGGCAAAUCACUCGCUCGUGAAUGGCGUGACUUUGCCCGUGUCAACAUCGUCUCGCCGGGUUUCUUCAAUACUAAGAUGGGUGCUUCGCCAUCAUGUAUCAAUGAAGCCUAUCGAAUGACUCCUUUCGCACGACAAGGGCAUGUCAAGGAGCUUAAGGGGCUGUACUUGUAUUUGGCUAGUGACGCAUCGAGCUAUCAGACCGGAAGUGACACUCUCAUCGAUGGCGGCUACACUUUGCCUUAG